AUGUUGGGCGAGAAAGGGAUGCUGCUCAGCGUAUUACUGUUGGGAUUCAUAUUGAACAUUCCUGCUCGGGAAGUUGCGCAAACAGAUAACUUUGGAGGUGGAUUUGGUGGCGGCGGCGGAUCUGGUGGAGGCGAUGGAGGUGGGUUGGGUGGCGGCAGCGGCGGGAGGUUCGGAUUUGGUGGAGUUCAUGGCAGAGGUAUUGGUAAGGGCGGUGGUUUUGGGGUGGGAUUGGCAAAGGGAAUUGGUGGUGGAAUUGGAGGUGGAAUUGUUAAGAGUGGAGGAGUUGGAGGUGGACAUGGUAGUGGAAUUAGAGGUGGAUAUGGUGGUGGAAUUGGGCGGGGAAUUGAAGGUGGCAUUGGAAAAGGUGGAGGAAUUGGAGGAAUUGGAGGAGGUCAUUGUGGUGGAAUAGGGAAAGGUGGAGAAGUCAAAGGUGGAUAUAGUGGUGGAAUAGGGAAGGGUGAAGGAGUCGGAGGUGGAUACAAUGGUGGACGAAUUCAAGGUGGACAUAGAGGUAGCAUUGGAAAAGGUGGAGGAAUUCAAGGUGGUCAUGGUGGUGGAAUAAGGAAGGGUGGAGGAGUUGGAGAUGGAUAUGGUGGUGGAAUAGGGAAAGGUGGAGGAAUUGGAGGUAGAAUGAUGGUGGUGGUGGAGGUAUUAGAGGCAAAUAUGGUGGUGGAGGAUUUGCCAAGGGAGUAUGUGUUGGUGGUGGAUUUGGUGGAGGUCAUGAGGGUACAAUUAGAAGAGCGAUAA